AUGGAAACAAAAGGCAGCCAAAAUGUUUCAGCUUGUAACUUGGCAAAUGUUCCAAUAGCGGAAGAUGGUGUUAUUUAUACAGCCAUUAAAGGUUCUCUCCAUGCUAGUGAUUGCUCUGUGUUUGGUUUAGGUCAUGAAGAGAUAAAAGCAAUUAUUCAAAAAUUUCCUGGUUCUGGUUCAAAUGUUGUUAAUGGAGUCACAAUUAAAGCAAAUGUUCUACAAGCCAUAAAUGCUUUGUGUCAAUUGGGAUAUAAAGUUGUAUGUAGUACUGGGGAAGCCGAGAUUACUUGGACUCUUCAAAGAGAUAUUUAAUUUUGCUAUAUUCAUAUUUAAAUGUCACUAAGAAAAACUAUAUAUCAUUGAUGUUUUGUUUAUAGUUUAAGUAAGCUAUGGAUCAUAAAAGUGGUUGUAAUCAUUCAAAUUGCAAAAUAACUAGCCCAAAUGCAUCUGUGCACCAGACACUUUCAGAAAUGGAUUGGGAAAGAGGAAUAUGGAAUGCAGCUUUUUCAGGAGACGCUGAUAGAGUGCAAUUAUUGAUUGAUAAAACCAAUAAUAUCAUAGAACUUGUAAACAGUAUUGACAAUUCUGGUUAUACUGCACUACAUUAUGCUGCACGCAAUGGACAUGAUAGAAUAUGUAGCAUACUUCUACAAAAUGGAGCACAGAUCAAUGCUUCAACUAGGAGUGGCAAAGCUACAGCUCUACACAGAGCAGCUGCAGCAGG